UCUACCAUUGAAAAUCAACACUAACUAACUAAAUUUUUAAUGUGUAUAUAUCUCUGCUUUUUGAAUACAGAAAAACAAAAAAUCCCCCAAACUCUCAAAGAAGGCAAUUAGGGUUUAUUGGACUUGUAGACUGUAGCAGACGUAUCCAGUUGGGCUCACAGAUCUAAAUUUAUUGGGCUAGUCUAAUUAAAAAGGGAUAACAAUUUGAGAAUUUUUUGAAAUUGGUCAAAAUCAUUCUUAAUUUUGUAAAGGCUUUUUGUUUUUUUACCCCAAAUUUCAGGAGACGAAGUUCUGAUGAUUACUGGAAAAAUUAUCCCAAAAUGAAGCUGAAAAGAUUUCUAUCAAUCCCAGUUUUAUCGGUGAUUACUAUAGUGGUCUUCGUUUAUUACAUGACAGUAUUCGUGUUCAUUAAAGAUUGGACUGGAUUACAGAGCUCAGCUGGAUUGCUCAACUCUUUGAUCUUCACUGGUUUGGCUUCUCUGUGUGUUUUUUCGUUUUUAGUGUGUGUUCUAGUGGAUCCCGGCGGCGUCCCAUCUGGCUUUCUCCCUGAUGUUGAAGAGAACUAUGCCUCAGAUCAAGAAAUCAAGAGAAAUGGUGUGGUUCCAAGGAAAUGUGACAAGUGUUCGACAUACAGACCUCCUAGAGCCCAUCAUUGCCGUGUCUGCAGAAGGUGUGUUCUGAGGAUGGAUCACCACUGUUCCUGGAUUAAUAACUGUGUGGGCCAGAGAAACUACAAGCCAUUUCUUCUUUUAGUCUUCUACGCAACUGCUGCAAGCACAUACUCUGCGGCUAUCAUAAUAAGCUGCAUAAUUAAGGAUUGGGAUAUUGGUGCCAGCUCCACUUCAAAGGCCUUUCGUAUUGGUAUUGGAUCAUGGAUCACAGCUUUAAGUUUGACACUUGGAAGUCUAUUAAUCUGGAAUAUAUAUCUCGCUUCUCAUAACAUGACAACUAUAGAGUACCACGAGGGAAAACGAGCUGCUUGGUUGGCGAGGAAAUCUGGACUGAGCUAUCACCAUCCUUAUGACGUUGGUUUUUACAAAAAUGCCACCCUGGUUUUGGGUUCUGAUAUGCUAAAAUGGCUUUGGCCCACAGCAACCAGUCAUAUCAAAGAUGGACUUAACUUCCCUACUACACGUGAAAGCUCAUGACCCACGUUGAUCUGGUAUCGACUCUGGAAACAACCAAAUUCCCUUGACUCAGUUAUUGCAGCACGAGUUGGAUCAAUGACAUCUGCAUCUGCAUCUGCUCCGGGUAAAAUACCGUGUGUGUACUAUAGCCUGACUGGGAAAACACAUUCAGGCCCCUCGAAUUGCUGUAUAUCGUAUUUGCUUGAAACUGGUAAGUAUUAUUUUGAAAAUCAUAUACUGCGCUUUCACAGAUCCUAUCGAUCUCUGAUUAGAUACUUCAUUCGAAUCUUCGUUGCACCAGUCGUUUCAGGUCUUAAAGCACAGAGUCUAGAAAAUAGUUAGUUCAUAUCCAAAUGCACAAAUUCCUUCUGCACAUAUUGUAUAGCAUAUGUUGUCCUCAAUUAAUCUAGUUUGUUGGCAAUUAAUCUUCUUAUUCUUGUCUCUAGUUUGAAUGAGUUAAUGGUUGGAGUAUUGAUUCUGACGUCGGAUAAUAGUGUCUUCUUCUUGCUAAGGGAAUCAAGAAUGAUUACUAGAACUACUCUACACUUGUCCAAAAAAUUAGACAGUAGAAAAUGUGGUGAAAGAAUUAUGUAGGAAACAAAUCAAGUGUCAAUAUUCAUUUUGGUUCAGAUUUAGUUGAAUGGCAAGAAAACUAAUGGAUGAGAGGGACCCUCCUCACUGUGUGUUGUGUGUGUUUUACAUGUUUCCAGUGACAGUGACUUGUGAAGGGAUGGGGCCUUUUUGGAUCUCUCUUGUUAAGUGGAAAGGGACUUUGAGAUUUCAGAGAAGGCGAUUGAAACAAACCAUAUGUGGUGUAAAAUUAUAAACUCCCAAUUUUUGACCUAAAUGUUGUCUUUUCAACCCCCAACCCUACAUGUGAAAAACUUAUCGACAUUGUGGAUUGGAUUGUGAUGAUGUUGUCUAUUUCAUUAAUGAUUGUUUAA